AUGCCUGCCUGUACACGAGGAUCAGGCGUUACUCGGCUCUACUGUGACUUGGUAACGCGACUUGCCGAUUCGCGGUUUUCCCUAAGAGUCCGUUCAGCAACUAAUACUUUCCGGAGCACCGAUUUGUCGAGGCCUCUUCAGUUUAGAGAAGGCUGGAUCGUCGUGCAGGCUGAUUUAUUUGAGUUUGUGCAGCCCCCUGAUUCCGUCUCGGACUCGAUAUUGCAUUCGCAUUUCUGCUAUCAGUCUGAUGGCUCGUCCCCCCUUUCUCCGUGCUUUCUCCGCACAUUAUCUCAUCGACUUGGGGCGAACGGUGAGUACCGAUGCUUCACAGAGUUAACAGCUAAGGCGACAUGCGCAGCAAGCUGUUCGGCUGGCCAGCUCCGUGCAGGGCCGCGUUCCGAUUCUGCAGGCAUGGCCCUUUGUAAGAAAACCAUCUGGGUCUGUGGUUGCCAGUUUCGACCCAUCUCGGCCAGCUCAGCUUCGCCCGGGCGCCGAUUAUUGCGAUAUAAAUCAGGAGCGAAACUGAGGCUAAUUCGCGGCAUGACUUCAUUUCCCUCGGUUGUUUACCUACCCGGCCCUAAGUAUCUCCUGAUGACCAACGUGAUCGUGCAGUCAGACGACGAUAAUGCUCAGACAUGUAUGUCCAUCCAUCUUGCCCGGCGACCUAGUCUCUUCAUCUCAGCGAAAGUGUUCCCUAGUCAACAAUGAUCUUCUGAUUGUAUCUCUCGAUCUCCCCGUUUCAAGCUGUGCUCGGACCCCGGUCGUGGCAUUCAUCACAUCUCCGAGCUUGUCUCGCUGUACGCGAGAGGACCUUGUGUGGCCGGACAUUCACAACCGAUACCAGCUCGCCGGGAGGUAGAGAUGGACGCCGAGCCUUUUGGGUAA